ACAAAUCCAUCCCCAAUCACAUUCAGAAAAUUACCUAGAUCUUACAGACAAAUAGGACUUUUCGCGAGUGCCUGCUAGGGUUUUGGCAUCGCAUUCUACAUAAAGAGCAAAUCACUAAACGAAGCGCCGUUCAUGCCCGCAGUGUCUCCCGAGUUUCAAAAGCACUGACAUCUGAAACUUAGGGUUAGGGUUUCGAUUCGCCAUGGGAGUGUUCACUUUCGUGUUGAGGACCUCAGGAGGAGAGUGGAGCGCGAAGCAGCACAAUGGAGACCUUGAGGCCUCUGCUGCCUCCACAUUCGAGCUCCAGAGGAAGCUCGUCCAGACCGCUCUCUCUACCGACUCUUCCGGUGGGGUUCAGACCUCCUACUCUCCAGUCACUCCCACAUCAGCUGUCUUCCAGGUGAUCGUUGGUGGUGGCGGCGGCGGUGGCGCCUUUAUUGGAGGCGGAGCUGCUGCAGCUCCUGGAGGUGGUGCGGCAGCUGCAGAGGCUCCGCCAGUCGAGGAGAAGAAGGAAGAAAAGGAGGAGAGUGAUGAUGACAUGGGAUUCUCUCUCUUUGAUUAAUCUAGUCAUAACUCAGUGGUUUUCGGGUUAUAUAUUAUGUCAUAAUCUUACUAGUUUCCUUUUUCAAUUUGCAUUAGUGUUGAAUUUUUGUGAAUUGUUGGAUAAGAAUAUGAGACAUGAAAAGUUUUGUUUGAUAAAUUUUUGUUAGACAAUUUGAUGGCACUCUUUAAAUGAUUGUGUUGUUGAAAGUUUUCUCUGUU